AUGGAGCAUUUUCGCUAUCUGCUAGAAUAUCAGGUGUUAGUAUGCAAGCCCUGCGGUCAUGCCGUCCCACCUGCCCACCUUAGUACGCGUCUUAAAGGUCACCGCAAAGAAUGGCCGAGCCUUAACUCAGCUACGGCAGUCUCUCGGCUGGAGAAACAACUCGAGGAAUUCUCUUUGGCCGAACCCUCUCAGCAGCAGAUCCAGGUUCCAUCCCCUUCCUCCUUGGCCUUGCCCGGCCUACCAGUAGAGCAGGGUCUCGGAUGCACGCAAUGUCCAUUUGUGACUCGCUCUGAGGGUUGGAUGGAAAAACAUGUCCGGACCCAUCAGCUCACCCCACGACGGCAAGGUCGACCCCAGAAGACUACCGCCACUAUUGCAUUAGCGCAGCCGAGGGCGGGUUCAGAUCUCUGGGAAAAGGUCUACUCCGAGUGCUUCUUCCUCUCAGGCCCCCAAAGUCGAUUCUUUCGGGUCGCUCCGCCUCUUGAACCUACCACGGUAGACCCGGUUGAUCCUAUUCGCGCCCAGAUCUACGAGCAGAUCUAG